UGCGCACUCCCGUAGUAAGAUGACCAGGAAUGUACGUUUCAAGUUUGUUGUUUGGAGUCUGAUUAUCUUUGUCAAGGCCACGAGUCCGCCCGGACUCCCACACUGUACCACGGAGUGGUAUCCAAUGGAAGGUCUUGCACCUUUUUGUCCAUCAAACAACGUGGACACACGUCUCCGUUACAACUUUGUCAAGAAGGUUUUUCUUUCCUUUUCUGACACGAGCACGAACCCGUGCCUUUGGCACCGCUGCAUGCUUGAGGCCACGAGGAUGCCACGCGAGGUUGAGGCUGUGCCGCUAUCCCCGACUCCAAUCGACAAAACACUUGCACACGACAUGAUUGAAUAUCCAAAGUCAAUAUACAGCGUGGCACUCGUGUUCCCCUCAUCAGCUAUCCCCACAAUUAAUAUUUCGAGACUUGCUGAUAAGGGGUUAUUAUUCUAUCAUUCAUUCUUCAGCGCCAGCAGUGGGCUAUACCAUAACGGAUUUUGAAAUCU